GAAACGAGGAAGAUCCUCCGGUAGUCAGUAAACCAUUUUUCUGUCGUCAAACGGAUCAAGCUUUUUGUGAGACUUGGAUCGGUCACAAAAAGCGGGAUUCGCUUUUCGCAUAGGAAUUGGCCUGUUAAAGAGCCAGUUUAUAUAUAUAAAACGUUUGAAAAUUAUAGCAAAAAUGGAAGAAAUGCAUCAGCCACAACAGGUUGGGCCUAAUAUGAUGGCCAGUGUAGGUGGGGUUCCUAACCACUCAAAUAAUGUUAAUCGGCGUAACAGAGUUCGAUCCUCAUUACACAGUUUGAUGAUAGGAAAACGUCCAAUAAGUGAGGAUGCUCAAUUGGAGAUGAAAUCAUUGUCUAACAAAACACCAGUUUCUGUUCUUCAGGAAUUGCUUUCUCGUAGGGGCACAAUACCAAAGUAUGAAUUAAUACAAGUAGAAGGUGCUGUCCAUGAGCCUAUUUUUCGUUACCGUGUUACUGUUGCUGAUGUUGUUGCAAUGGGGACUGGAAAGUCAAAGAAAGUGGCAAAGCAUGCUGCUGCAAAGGCUGUAUUGGAUAAAUUAUGUAGACUAAAUAGUGAAGCACCAGAUUCUCCACUUCCAAAUAAUCUACCAGAUUCUGAAAAUUUACAAGAAUUGUCUGGAUAUGGAGAAGAAAAAAUAAUUACAAAUCCAAUUGGUGCUUUGCAAGAAAUGUGUAUGUCACGUCAUUGGCCUCCACCAAAAUAUACAAUAGAAAAUGAAGAGGGUUUGCCCCAUGAAAGACAAUUCACAAUUGUUUGUUCUGUGUUAAAAUAUCGUGAAGUUGGACAAGGAAAAAGUAAGAAAGUUGCAAAAAGGUAUGCAGCUCAUAAAAUGUGGCAAGCUUUACACUAUAUGAUUACAGAAAACUCUAAUAUAGAUGAAGAUGAGGUUUUGCAAACAAAUGCAAAUGUGAGUGCCCAUUAUGCUGAUUUGAAAGGUAGCAAAAUUUCAACACUAACCACUAUUCAUAGCCUUAAAGUUUCACAAUUUCAUAAAAGUCUGAAGUCAUCUACUGGUGUUAAACUUUUUGAAUUACAGAAUACAUGUUUAAACGAUGGUGAUGUAAAUUUGGUACAAUUUUUGCAAGAGAUUGCUUCAGAGCAGCAAUUUGAAGUAACUUAUGUUGAUAUUGAAGAAAAGUCUAUCAGUGGUAAGUAA